CGGCCACUGGAGUUCACAACCGAGGCCGGGAAGCCCGGUAACUGGUUUCCGUUCACAUGCCUGGGUGGGUGGGAGGCAGAGUGGGACUGGGAGAUUCCUGAUCACUGCCUCCUCUCACCUUUUCUUUUUCUCCCUCCUGCCUAGGACACAGAAAGGAGCUGGAGGAGCUGCACAGCUUUAUUUGACAGGGCUACAGGACUUGUGAGAAGGGAGAAGCCGUGGACGUGGUAUGUCUAGACUUUAGGAAGGUGAUUGAUCCUGUCUCCCAUUAACAAACUCUGGAAAUACAACCUAGGUUGGAUAAUCAUGCUGAGAGAGUAGUUACCAAUGGUUCACAGUCAUGCUGAAAGGACAUAGCAGACGGGAUUCUGCAGGGAUCCAGUCUGGAUCUGCUUUUGUUCAGUAUCUUCAGUUAUUUAAAUAAUGGCCUAGAGAGUACACUUACAAAGUUCAUGGAUGGUACCAAGUUGGAAGGGGUUGCAAGUGCUUUGUGUACUUCAAAAUGACCUGGACAAAUUGGAGAAUGGUAGAAGGGAGAACAACAAAAUAAAGACAGUGGAUUUCAGGAAGGCAAGACUUCAGUAAACUCAGAGAGCUGAUGGAGGCAGGAGACCGGGAGAUGGGCAGCAUGAAACUGCAGACAUUACAGUUACUACCUGAUGAGCAAGUAGCGACACUACGUCAGCAGAUGGUGGAAAGCCAGGCAGCCUAUCAACGCAAGCUGCAGAGCUCCCAGGAGGCACAACAUAGGCAGGCAGUGCUUGUGCAGAAACUACAAGGAAAGGUGUUACAGUACCGGAGUUGGUGUCGGGAGCUGCAACAGAGGCUGGAAAUAGAAAGAGGGGGGGUCCUUUCAUACAGGUCAGAAGCCAAGGAGGAGCAUAGCCUGGAGAGGGCACUGGUCCAGUUGGAGGAGGAGCAGCAGAGAUGUGAGAACCUAGCUGAAGUGAACACUCUGCUACGGGAGCACCUGACCAAGGCAAAUGAGGUGAAUACAGCUCUUAGAGAGGAUGUGCGAAAACUAACAGCUGAUUGGACAAGGGCCCGGGAUGAACUGGAGCUCAAGGAGAGUGAAUGGCGUAUGGAACGAGAGUUCUUUGACGGGUACUUCAGGUGUGAACAUGAUCGACUUAUCAGCCUGUGGCGACAGGUGGUAACCUUCCGCCGUCACUUCCUGGAGAUGAAGACUGCGACUGACAGGGACUUGUCAGCAAUGAAGGCAGACCAGAUAAAACUUUCUGGAUCAAUACUUGUCAGCUGCUUCCAUCUAAGUUCUGGUACACAGUACUGGGAAUCUAACAUUUUGGAAAGAUCUGCUCUGAGGGAUCAGACACAGCAGCUUUGUGCCAGAGCUCAGGAGAUGGAGAAGGAAGUAUACCUGAAAACCCAAGAAGUGAUGCGCUUGCAGGUCAAAGGGGAUGUAGAGAAAGAGGAGCUUCAGCUCAGGGUGAUGGAGCUCUCAGCCUUGCUGGCGCAGUCCCAGAAGCAGAAUGAGGAGAAAGAAAAGACUGUGAAGACACUUAGUGACACGAUGGAGAUUCUGGAGGCCAGUCGAUUGGCAGUAGAAUAUAAAGCUUCACUGAUCAGGGAUGCCAAAGAAGAGACCCUUUCCCUUCAUCAGGUGAUAAAAGACAUAACUCAGGCAGUGUUAAAUGAUACUGACAAUGCAGUCAGCAUUUCAUGGACUGAGAGGUCCCAGCAUCCUGAAUCCAGCAACCUCUCCUUAUUGCUGAGCUCCAAUGACAUGGAAAGGGCUGUCGUUUUGGUGCACGAAGCAUUGUCCAGGAGGUGCCAGGCAGUACAGGCCCUAAAGGAGCAACUUUCAGCCAGCCAGGACUCUGUCCAUUCUCUGCUACAUCAGCAAAGACAGCAGGAAGAAGAAAGCAAGAUGCUGAGGCAGAGGUUUCAGAAUCUGGAAGAGAACAAGAAGACACUCAACAGCCAGAUGCAGCACCUCCAGUCCCUGGUGGAAACUCUCAGCAGUGACCGUGUGAACCUGGAGAAGUCCAGGGAAGAGCUACAGCAACAGCUGAAGGCAUCCGAGGAGGAGGCUUGGCGUUUGCGCCGAAGCAAUACUGAGCUACAACUGAAGGAAGAUUUGGCUCAAGGGGAGAAGGAAGAGCAGCAGCUGGAGAUGGAGAGGAUCCUUCGGGAGAGGGAGCACCUGUGAGCUGUGAUCCCUCCACAGGGCAAGGGGGGUUACUGUGGGAGCAUGCUGGCAAUAGUGGCUGAGUGCUGGACAUGCUAGAGAUGGGUGGCUGCACAGGCAUGGACGUGGAAGUUAGCAGCUGAAGGGAAGCACCAGGGAAGGGAACAUAGAGUUGAGUUGGGAUGGCUACUACAAUUGGUGGCUUUUAUUUCCAUAAUAAUAGAUUAUUGCUAAUCUUCCUUGUAGCUUCCCUUCUUUUCACAGUUGGUCUUUGGAGGGCAGGAUUUUUAUUCGAUCAUCCCUGCUGGCCUGACACUUCUCAGUUUUUGCUUACAUGAAAAUGGUUCUUCCCUCCAGAGAUUACUCCUCAUUUGUUCUCUCUUUUCCCUGGGCUCACCCAUUUUAGUGAGCCUGUACUGGGUAAAAAUGCACUAAAAGCAGUGGUUGCUGCAGCUCUGGGCUUUUGAGACAACUUGUGAGAACCUGCUGAAACCUGUUCUCUUCUUUCACCCAGUGUAAAUCAAGAGUAACUGCCCAAAAGACAGUGGUGUUACACCCAUGAAAUACUAGUGCAAGCAAUGGGAGAAUCAGUUCUUUUGUCUUGCUGUCCUUGGCUUUGUACAAAUAGUGACGCUACCAGUAGUUAGUGAGUCCUGCAUGGACGAGGAGUGUGACUCAGUACAAAGGAAUGGACUGAAAAAACCCUUUUGUUCUGGAUUUUAAUGCUACACUAGAAGAUCACUGGAACAGGCACUAUAAGAUAUCCAAAUCAGUAGACCUAGCUUAUAUCUGGCUCAGCUGUAGCAGUCCAAACGGCAGAGUGACACAUGUAGUGUAACUGCAAGGGGCUCAGCCACUUCUCCCUGUUCAAUACCAUAAUUCAUGAUUUUACUUUGCAGAGAUCACUCUGUGCAAGGGUCCCAUGCAUCAUAUGGGGUAGGUGAACAGGAAGUCACUUUGUAUAUAAACUAUGCAUUUACAGGAAACUAGUAUGUACCUGAGUAUUAGUAUUUUUGAGAUCCCUGUAACCCCACUGCAACUUCACAGAAUCAUAGAAGGUUAGGGUUGGAAGAGACCUCAGGUGGUAAUCAAGUCCAACCCUCUGCUCAAAGAAGGACCAACUCCAACUAAAUCAUCCCAGCCAGCGUUUUGUCAAGCCUGACCUUAAAAACCUCUAAGAAUGGAGAUCCUAUCACCUUCUAAAGAAACAAGGCUUCACCACCCUCUUAGUGAAAUAGUUUUUCUUCUUUGAGUGGUGUCCCCUUGGUCACUCCAUUGUAGGUGACGGGUCAUUCUUGGAGCCACAGAUUGGAGCUUUUCAGUGCAGCUAUCAGCCGAGCUGCGCGUGGGCCUCACGUGUGCAUGCUGCUCCCCCUUCAGUUCUUUGCUUACUGCCCUCAGUCAUGGAUGGAGCUCCUCUCUUGCCUCUGGUGUUUUUUCUCAGAUUAUUUUUCUUCAAAUUUAGUAGUUUUAUUAGGUCUAGUAUUGUUUUCUAACUAUAUACGUUUAUUGCUCUGUUUAAAAAAAAGGGGGGGGGCUUGCCAGGGUUUAAGAAAUGUGAGGCACAAGGGUAUCCCAUGCAUAUGCUGCUUGGGCAAGGCUCAUUUACACAAAAAUGUGAGCAUAGUCUCAGUCUUACCGCGAGAGCCAGAAAGGACAGAGAGCUUCAGCCCUGCAUGAUUCUAUUUGAAAAGGCUAUGCAGCCCUCAGAGGAGCCGAACCAUCCCGACCUCCCAGGGAGGCUAAUGAGAAAAGGACUGCUUCUCCACUGCAAAAGUGCCCAAAGAAGAGAACCUUCCCUGCAAGGUCCCUCUUGUCUGUCCCGUCUCUGAGGGUUGCAAGGGAGAUGAACGCGGCAUCUGUGGGUACAGUGGCACCGAGACUUCCCUCCAGCACCGCCUCCAUUGCUGCAUGAUUCGCUCAUCAGCACCAGAGAGACCUCAAAGGCAAUCCCCAGCACCCGCACUAGCAUGUGACCUGGUGCUGACUAAGAGUUCGGCACAGACGCCUAAGCUCACACAUUGCAAACCACUAGUGCUGGCUCUCAGAGAGCCAACACCUGACACAAUGCUCCCCCUAUCCAGAGUCUCAGCAUCCGACGAGGACGUGUUGCAUGACUGCCAAUCACCACUGCCUGAACUUGCUUACAUCCCACUGGCACUGUGUAGGGACAGAGAGUGACAGUCCUCCCUCCCUCCAUAUGACUCACCAAGAUUAUUGAGCUCUGUCGGGCUGUCAGAGCGCAUGGGAUUUAGAGAAGAUUAUAGGAGGAGUGUUUUCUCUCCACAACACUCCUCUCUGACUGCAUCUAGGCAUUACUACUAUCACUGUGAUAAACAUCACUCCACAUGUUACUCGCACUGAACAUCCUUGCCCCACCACACAUUCCCUACCGUGAUCGAUUCUGAGAAGGAAGAUGAGCAGACUGACGUACAAGUCCCUGCGUGUUCACCUAAUGACAACUCAUGUUUGCUACCCGAUGAAGCAGUUAUUCUUCGUCGAGUAGUGUCUCCGAGGGUACUUCACUCGAGGUGCGGGGUUCAU